AUCCUGCCACUCUGGACAGGUGUCAUGAGACACCAAUACUCAAGCUGAAAACUGGUUCCGUACCACAAAAAGAAUUGUCCUUCAUAAUCGACUUCACAGACGACCUGGUGACUUCCUGCAAGUUAUGCACGAGUUUGUUUCUGGCCGAAUGCGUGGUGUUAUCCUGACCAAAAUUUGGGGUAUGAAAAAGGAACCAAAUGAGAGUCUUCUAAGUGCACCAGGAAGUGUAGAAGAAAAAUGGCACAAGAGAAAGACAAAAAAAAAAAAAUCUAAAUACUACAAUCCACCAAAGGCCUGCUCAUCCAGCCCAACUACCAGCUACAGCUCCCCUCCAUGGUCAGGACAUGGCAACCUUGAACGUCAGGCAAUAAAAAUGGUCAAUACAUGUACAAUAGACAACCUUCUGUACAUACUUCACUUGAUCAUGAAAAAAAGAGUGUCCAUUCUAAAUGAGAUUGAACUGGCACAAUCAAAGGAUCACUGGCUCAAGACUUUACUAGAGGUCCAUCGACUAUUUUCGGCUAAAGAAUGGUUCCAGGGGAAAUUGGCAUGGCUGAAAAACUUUCCACGUUUGAAAGGAAAAUCUGUAUGGGACACUUUUGGCACUGAGAAUGACUUCAUUGUCAGUCGUCUCGAUUAUGUGCAGAAGACUGAGUGGAUUUUAAAAUGUGAUGCAAACGACUGUCCACUCCUUUCUCUCACAAAAACUGACAGGACUGUAGAUGUGUGGUGAGUACAUUUGGCUUUUUUUUUGUUAAAGAUACUUUUUUGUUACACAAAUAUAGUGACACUUUAUAUUGACAAUAAUGAAAUUAUCAACAGGUGUGAAGACCUUUCAGAACUGCAGCACAGACUAGAUGAUUGGUCGUGUCCCAGGUCAAUGUCAUGUCAGAGAAAGAGCAAAGCUAAGAUCUGCAAGGGGACCAGAACAUCCUCACCGCGACAAUUUGUGAACGGUACACCAGCAUUCAUCAUGGUAGCCAUUGACUCAACAGUGCAGAGCACAAAUGAGCCAAAAAUGCAGCCAACAGCUUUGCCAUUAACCCUGCAGAUUCUUGGACAAAGCUAUGAAACUGCAGCAGUUACCUACCAUUUGAUGGACGCAAAUCAUUUUGUGUGCUUUCAUCGGCUCAGCACUGAAUCUGACUGGCACUUCUAUGAUGGCAUUGAGGAAAUGAAGAACCCCAGCUGUGGAGACAGACUUGCUACACCUGAAGUCUUUGAGACAGUCUUCUCUCAUCGCAGCUCUGUAGGGCAUAUUGUGCUAAUGAAGGACAUUACAGAGGAUACAAACGAAAACACAGAUACAAUGACUGGACCUGGAGAGAAGUCUGAACUGGAACACCUUGGAAACAUGGAAAACAAAAUCAUCCAUGACAUGCCAAAAGUCCACAAAUGGGUGAAAGACCAUGCAAAGCUGUUCAAUUCUGCUGUUAUUGCACCACAGUUUCUUACAAUGGAAAAGGAAGAAGCUGAAUCUGCACUGGAGCAGUUGAAUUCCCUCAGCAUUGAGACAGAUCCUGACAAAAAAGAGGAAAUUAUAUAUCCUUUCACAUUUAUUUGCAAUGAUGCACAGGAUAUGAAAACUCUCCUGUCAGAAAUUGUGGACAAGAGAAAUCUGCGAGUUUUUUGCAUGUCACAGUCAAGUUGAAGCAAGAGUGUUGUGGUUUUUUUUUCUUAUUUACCCUUUGAUGCGCAACAUAUGCACACCCACUCUAAUGCACAACAUGGGUCAAAAAUGACCCAUUGUUUUCUAUGGAACUUAAUGUAUGGAUUAGUGUUAUUUUUCUAUGAUAUAUCUUAGCAAUAAAUUAUUUCAAUCAUUCAGUAUCCAAUGUACAGGGGUUGGACAAUGAAGCUGAAACACCUGGUUGUAGAGCACAAUAAUUUAUUGUGGUGACGGACAGUUCUGGUGGAAACAGGAGAGUUGAGGUGCACAUUGAAUUCUGCGUGAUUUGAUUUGAUUUGGUUAGCACCCGAACAUCCCUUUCAGACAGCUUCCUCUUACAGUAUCCACAGUUAAUCCUGUUGGAUGUGGUUGGUGCUUCUUGGUGUUAUGCUGACAUUACCCAAAUUGGGACAAAACCCAAUUUAACAAUUUGUCCUCUUUAGAA